AUGUUUCGGAAGAGGAAUCUCGUCACAAACAAUGCUGCUCCAAGCGCAGCGCAGUUGACGGCCAGACAAUCACUGCUUCCCAAUCUGUCGGUCACUACGCUCUUCUUCCUUUGGGGAUUCGCCUACGGCCUUCUCGAUGUCCUCAACUCGCACUUCCAAUCCCUUCUGAAUAUCAGCGGCUCCAUGGCCUCGGGUCUGGCUGCUGCUUACUUCGGCGCGUAUUUCAUCUGCCCACCUACGCUUUCCGGUUACAUCGUCCGCCGAUUCGGAUUUCGGGCGACGUUUGUUACGGGCCUGUUUAUUCUAGCUGUGGGGUGUUUACUGUUCUGGCCCUCUGGUGUGAAGAAAUCUUUCGCGGGCUUCUGUGGCUCAAUGUUUGUGGUCGGCUGCGGUCUCUCUACCCUCGAAACAGCCGCAAAUCCAUUUCUAGCAAUCUGUGGUCCGCCAAAAUAUUCGGAAAUCCGCCUCAACCUUGCUCAAGGCGUUCAAGGCACAGGCUCAUUUGUAGCUCCGCUACUGGCUUCGCGAGUGUUUUUCGCACACACACUCAAUACCGAAGACUCACUCGCCAAUAUGCAAUGGGUUUACCUAGGCGUUGCCGGUUUUGUCGCCUGCCUUAUUGUGAUCUUCCUCGUCAUUCCCAUGCCAGAGAUUACAGAUGCCGAUAUGGCUAAUCUUGAGGGCGAGAUAAAUGACUCCAACCCAGGGCCGUUUCGCAAGCAGUAUAACCUAUUCUUGGCCGUUUUCUCACAAUUCUGCUACGUGGGUGCGCAAGUUGCGGUUGCUAACUACUUCAUCAACUUCUGUCUUGAACAGGGUAAAACCCAUGCGCAGGGCUCAGAUCUUCUUGCGGUUGCCCAGGGGCUCUAUACCGCUAAUCGAUUUAUUGCAGCUGGACUUAUGAUGAUGCCUGCUUUUAAACCUCGACUUAUCCUAGCCACCUACCUCGCUCUUUGCAGUAUUUUUAUAGCUAUUGCUAUUGCGACUAAGGGGGCUACAUCUAUCGCAUUCCUUAUUCUUGUAUUUUGCGCCGAGUCUGCAUGCUUUGCUUGCAUAUUUGCUACCGGUCUGCGUGGCCUUGGCCGGCAUACUAAGCGAGGCGGCUCCUUUCUCGUUGCAGCUAUUUCAGGUGCUACUGCCUUUACCCCGGCGACCGGUGCUCUUAUGGAUGCUACCAAUGCGUCAACUGCGAUGGUCAUCCCCUUGACCGGAUAUGUUCUGGCCUCGGUGUAUCCACUCUAUAUCAAUGUAUGGAAUAAAGAGCUUAUGGACUCUCAUCGUUCCACUAUGGUUGGCAUCGAGCCCAAGCCCCAGGAAAAGGAAGAUGUCGAGAGAAAUUCUAUGGAGAAGCAGGGUGUAGCCAUUACACAAGAGUUGGCUAAUUAG